AUGAAGUUAACUCUUAUCUGUUUACUGGUGAGCUUCGUUCUGCUGCAAUAUGCAGAGCACAGUGAUGCUUGCUUGGAGGUAAUUGAGAAGGCUUUGGGCCUGGAACCCUGCAAUCAAGGUGCCCGUAAAGGACAUCAUAAGCAACCGCACAGAGGUGGACCAGGACCCGUGAGAACCACUGGAAGACGUGAGCCACGAAGGACUAGACAUCUCAAAACCAGAGAACCUCGGACAAGGCCUCACACAAGAAGAACAAGGAGACCCGUCAGAAUGACCCGGAAACCCAAGCCGCCAAAGACUCUACCCCAUUGCCCAGAACCACCGUGUGCAGAGCAGACUACUCAAAGACCAAGGCCACCUUGCUCAGAGAACACUACUAAAAAACCAGAACCACCUUGUUCAGAGAACACUACUAAAAAUCCAGAACCACCCUGCACAGAGAAGACUACUCAAAAACCAGAACCACCAUGCACAGAGAAGACUACUCAAAAACCAGAACCACCUUGCACAGAAAAGACUACUCAAAAACCAGAACCACCUUGCACAGAAAAGACUACUCAAAAACCAGAGCCCCCUUGCACAGAGAAGACGACUCAAAAACCAGAACCACCUUGCACAGAGAAGACUACUCACAGACCAGAACCACCUUGCUCAGAGAACACUACUAAAAAACCAGAACCACCUUGCACAGAGAAGACUACUCAAAAACCAGAACCACCCUGCACAGAGAAGACUACUCAAAAACCAGAACCACCCUGCACAGAGAAGACUACUCAAAAACCAGAACCACCCUGCACAGAGAAGACUACUCAAAAACCAGAACCACCUUGCACAGAAAAGACUACUCAAAAACCAGAGCCCCCUUGCACAGAGAAGACUACUCAAAAACCAGAACCACCUUGCACAGAGAAGACUACUCAAAAACCAGAACCACCCUGCACAGAGAAGACUACUCAAAAACCAGAACCACCUUGCACAGAGAAGACUACUCAAAAACCAGAGCCCCCUUGCACAGAGAAGACUACUCAAAAACCAGAACCACCUUGCACAGAGAAGACUACUCAAAAACCAAAACCACCUUGCACAGAGAAGACUACUCAAAGACCCUGCGGAUGUGGAUCAGGAAACCCACCAGGUUGGAAUCCCGGUGGCCCUAUAAUAACAACCCCUUCAACGAUCACCAAGAAACCCUGCGGAUGUGGUUCAGGAAACCCACCAGGCUGGAAUCCCGGUGGUCCUAGAAUACCCAUACCACAUAUUCCCGGACAUUUUGGACCUGGACCUGUUAUACCCAAUAACGGCGAAAACGGAUUUGGUUCACAUUGCCCAGGAGGCUGGAAUCCCGACAGUCCUCUAAUACCCGUCCCCAGAAUUCCCGGACAUUUCGGACCCGGUCCUGUCAUUCCCAAUAGAGGAGGUAACGGAUGUGGCUGCUCCAAUAAAUGUCCACCCAGUGAGGAACUUAGCGAAGAGCUUCGUAUAACCAUUGAACGAAUACAAUUAAUCAUUGACGAGUGCAUCCUACUAAGCCAAAGAUGUUAA